AUGUGGCGGCUUUCUCCACAGGACAUCAGGGAGUCGGAUUGGCAGAGGCUCCAGCGCAUGUCUGGACCGGUGAAGUCCUUGGACAUCUUCAUCUCGCACACCUGGAAGACGGGCGGGCUUCCCAAAAUGCUGGCGCUGCUGGUGAGCUCUGGGAUCUACCUUGCCUGUCCCGACUGCAUCGUCAUGCCCUUCGUGCUCCAGGCGUAUGUAAUGGGAUUCGAGGCCUUGUGUCCUCUGGCCCCCUGGAUGCUGAUCGGUGCAUGUCUCGGCCAUGUGGCUGGGUUCCUGUCCGCUCCUUACUUCCCUCUGGCGUGCACUGGGGCAUGCCACUCCGGGGACAUCUGUUUCGUGGAUAUUGCUUGUAUCCAUCAGAAAGACAGCCAGCUGAAGCAGCGUGGCAUCUACGGCAUCGGAGGCUUCCUAAAGUGUGCGAAGGAGCUGCGCGUCCUCUGGACCCCUCCAUACCUUUCGAGGAUGUGGUGUAUUUUUGAACUCGCGGCCUACCGCAAAGCCAACCCAACUGGGCGGAUUUCCAUGGCACCUAUCUUCAUCGAGCACUCGGUGCAUCUGGUGGCUAUGGCACUAUGGGGCGGCGUUUGGGGCUAUUGGGCCAUCCAGGCGAGCGGUCUAUUGGUUGCUUACGGCUACUUCCUGGGCUUACUGUUACCUUUGGCUGUGGCCCUGCUCCCAGUGGUCGGCAUCGUCCAUGGGCUUCGCCACUUCUUUUGCGCCAAGCACCAGCUCUUCCAGGACCUAAGGCACUUCCGCCUCGCGUCCGCGGAGUGUUCCGAGGAGUUUGAUGCCAUCUUCGUGCAUACCGCCAUCCAGUCCUGGUACGGAAGCACCGAGGCAUUUGAACAAUUCGUUCAGAAGACCCUGGUGCAGGAGAUCCCUCAGGUGAUCAUUCCACACGAAUACUGCCUGCUGCUUUCAACGGUCCCGAUCACUGGUGCGCUAGAGGAGACGAUGUCUGUGGCACUUGGUGGCGCACCUGCGUCAGCAGUCCUGUCGUCUUUCGUGGGCCACGUCUUUGGCGUGUCCUUGUGCUGGAUCCUCGUCUCAUUGAAGCUGCUCUACUACUUAUGCGACCGGUUUGCGAUGCCAUACAAGCCGGGCCUCUUCAACUACGUGCAGACUGUUGCCGUCUACGCGGCGGUUUGCCUCUUCUUCCUUGCAGGGGCGGUGGUUGGUGAGGUCGCGUACCGACACACGUUGUGGACCUCAUGUCUCUUUGCGAUUUUCUCCUCGGUGGCUUGCGCCAUUUCUUAUAGUCAGUGGCUGCAGCACUCUAUCAUUAGAUUGCUGUGUUGGCCAGCCUGGUGUCGCAAGACGUUUAUGCUGGCCCGCCCCUGA